UCUCUGUUCCUUAUUCACAAACCAUGUUCCUGCUUGAGUUCUUGGUGUUUGUCCUUUUAUAUAUAAGAUUCCAGCUACAGCUACUAUACUCUCUGUCUAUACUCUCUACAUUUAUAAUUUUCUGUCGUGCAGUCUCUCUCACCUAACAAUCACAGGGCCACACUGUGCAGGAGGAAUCUUGGCACAGAGGUCCUGCAGUUCCAGCAGGUCAUUGGGUGUCAGCUGGUAGGGCUGUGGCAUAGGGGUAUUGCAAAGCCAGCUGUAAUCAGCUGUGGAGGAGGAGCUGCGACGCCGGCGCCGACCCUCUGCGGCCUGCUCCAGACGGAUGCGUUCGGUGCGUUUCACCAUGGCCCCCAACUCCAACAUGAGAGUGUUGGUGACCAGUUCUUCACUGCUGCGCUGACCUGGGACUCUGGGUUCCAAGGAGAAGACAGCAGACCAAGGAAACAUCUGGGAAAAACAGGUGUAGUUUUUGGAGAUUAUUACCAAAAACUACCAUACUAGAAAAAUUCUAGUAUAGGUGACUGUGUCAUCUAUAAAACUUAUUUAAAAUUUGUAGUUCAAAUUUGUAAACUAACUGUGACAGCAAUUUAACCACUACAAGAAUCCCUUUAGUAGUUUAAGGAAGGACAUUUUCUUACAUCUAAUUACUUUAAAUGUAGAAAUUUAAUAAUCACUACCUUUAAUUUAAAGAGACUUUGAGUUUCCAUACACACGAGGAAACUACUAAACUGCUAUUUAACUCAGCUCUAAAAUAAGCCUCAUCAUCAGUAUGAAAUAUGUUCUAGUAAAAUAUGACGCCUAGGCAAACAGGAAACUGAUUAUACCCACAAAUAUCCUGACGGAUUGACAGAAGCAGUUUCCCAUAGCUGUGCUGUAACCAAGUGAGUUUUUUUUUUUACUGUUCUUAAUGCUCUUAUAGAGAUCUGAUUUUUGUCUUACCUUUAAUAAACUGAGUUCACAGAGCUUCUUUUCUGGCAGCGAUCCACCCGUCUGGUGGAGCCUGUCAGCAGCUGGAUGACCAGAAGGCCUCCAUGAACGGCAAUACCACUCAGUCUUCAGCUACCUGACUGCCUUGCUACCUGUGAUGGUCCCUUGGCAGACAGGUACCGUACCUUUGUGAAGAGCGCGAGAGUGCGCGCGUGUGUGUGAGUUUGGGAUUGAGAAUAAAUGUAAUCCUGUAUUAAUAAAGAGCAAGUGACGAGGAGAGCUUACCUCAGAUGGAUGUACACCUGGGCCGGAGUGUGUUUGUGAAAGAGUUCAUGUGAGGUGUUGACAUGACAAUACAGUGUUGACAAACUAAUUGAAGCAAAUAAUCACAUUCAUUAUGAGUGUGAGUCCUUAUUUUUUUGUUAUGUCAUGAGCAUAUCUGAAAAUCUGUAUUUAGAUCAAUACCACAAUCAGGCAGUCUCUCUCAAGGCCACUUUCACAGCGUCUGACCUAGAUACCCCCUGUGUAUUCAUGAAAUUUUGACCAGAAUACCUACUUACUUUUUUAACACCAGGUAUUUCUGAAAAUAACAGUGUCAGUCUGAAAAUGGUCUCCCAGUAGGCUGAUUUAAAUCCUGCAGACACAUCAGUAAUUACCAGACUGUCAUUGCAAACAUUACACGAAGAUUACAUAACUUAAACCUCUCUCUCUCCCACACUUAUAUACUCUGUCUGUCCCAAUAGCAGGGAAGUUUCUGGGUUUCCACAGCACUCAGCACUGAGGCAACAAAUCCCAGAUUAUAUACAAAUCCAGAGCCUGCUGGAAUAAGUGGUUGCAAUGACUGUUAUAAUCUAAUUACAGGUGGCUCCAGUGGAAGCUGGUACUACUAUUACUAGACAGGAAUGGGUGUGUGUUACUGCACCAACUGAGUGAACUCCAUAAGAGAUUGAAUGAAUUCUACACGGUUUGUUGAGGGUCACAUGGUUGAAUAAUGGACAUACAGUAGAUACUCUAAGUGGCAGAUAGGGAAUUCCUCUGAAUUUUGUUGAAAGGAAGAUAGAGAUGAUCGUGAUAUGCUGCUGUGUGAAUGUUUUUUUGCACACACUUGUACCUUACCAGAGUGAUACCGCUGGGGGUAGAUAGGGAUCUGAGUACAGAGCCUUGAGGUACAACAUGGAUGAAAGGGGAUAAAUUGUUUCCUGCUGGAGAUAUAUAUGAAAAGUUGUUAUAAGACCAGAAGAGGCUGAAGUAAUCAGGAAAAAGUAAAGGGUGAUAGUGAGGAACAGGGGUCAAGGCGGAUUGAGAAUAUUUACUUGGCCUAAACCAAUAGUUACCAGGAGGUAAUAUGAAAUCUGAGAAAUGUUGAGAGUGGGGUAAGAUGAGCCAUUUUUCAUAUUUCGGAUCACUUCAUCAAGGCAAUCAUAUUUUUGUCUCUAACUAGAGUAUCUGCAUAUAUUUCAAGAUGUUGUGCAUCCCUGAAUCCAACAGAAUGAGUGUGAACAUAACUGUCUUGAUAAUAUAGCAUGCCAAAAUAAAGUGGUCUCAACUUACCCCACUCCUAUGGUCAACUUACCCCAUACACGGGGUAAGUUGACCAUAGGAGUGGAGUAAGUUGAGCUGUAUCCCUACUACCCCCCACUCUCAACCCCAGCCCUCUCUCACCUUCUCUCUCCCUGAAUAACAGUCACUUCUUCACAUUCAUGUAUAUUUUUAUUUAUUAUACACUAGUCAACUGGUACAAAAAAAAUGUCUUUUUAUUAUUAUUGCAUAUAACUGAUAAAAAGUUGUUUUGUAAAAAGUCAUUUUAACAUGACAAUGUCUUUAAGUGAUUCAGAACAUUUACAGCUGUAUUUUUGAAAAGAAAAAGUAACACAUUUCAACAAUUUGACUGAAACUCUGAUCCUCUCAUCAGACUCCUUUACUUUCUCAGUUAAGCCACUGGCUCAACUUACCCCUGAACUACUAUUGUGACUUUAUUAGGUGUCUAAGCUAAAAUGGUGGACUUUUAUGGUAGGUUUUUGACUUCAUGUUGUAGCUCAUAGAUACCACAAUUGAUGUAUAAAACAAAUUUAAAAUGAUCUUUUUUGGUCUGAACACAAUUCUAAUAAAACUUAUGGCAGACUAAAUUCACUUCAAGAGUGAAAAAUGUUUUGGUUUUUUUUGUGAAUAAAUGUCUAACCCCUUCACCCAGGUGCUUCUAACCUUAACAGACUCCAUGAAUCGAUGCCCAUCUCUUAAAUAUUUGGUCACAUGAUCAAUUUCUUUUACCAUUUCCAAGCAACAGGAGGUGGCUCAAUUUAGGCUUUGGCUCAACUUACCCCACUCUCCCAUGAACACGGUCACAUUACAAGUUUCUGCCGCUAGAGGUCCUCAGAGAUUCACUUCGCCACGAGGACCAUUCCCAAAACAAUCGCCUUCUACGUCACCAACCGCUGCUCCGCCUCGUGCCACAGGGACUCGGCGACUGUUUGCCUGUCAGCUGCACGAGAAGCGCGGCGUAUUGUCCCUGUAAUUCGGACUGUCAGUUGAUGUCAGUCGGUAGGUUCGGUUCUGGAUUGAAAAAACGCGGACCCGGUGAAAAAGCGGGGUCUGGUGUACCUGUCAAACAGCGGCGGCAGAGCUCCGCCGCUGCUGUGUGAACCACUGGGCGGUUGGCGCUCUCUGAAACUCCCCAAAGUGAAUGGUAAGUAGCUGGAGAGUGGGGUUAGCUUGUAGCAUCGUUGCUAGGAUAAUUGUCUGUCAGACACUGACUGCUGGUGGGUUAACAAAGCGGUAGAAAGUGUGUCUCCACUGACUGGUUUCGGCCCGUCUUGGUUCACUUUGGAUGGGCAUGAUUGACACUGACAUAUUAUUCAACUUCAGUUCUUCGAUAGCCAUCAGUGUUUCUGCUUGAACCUCGUGAUCACACACACACAUUGUUACUGCAAAAGGCCAGCCGGGGUCCGACCACCGUCUGCUCCUCCUGUUCAACCAACCUGCUCUGAGCUCCUGAACUAGUUUUGAUUACAGUGUCAUAUCUUUUUUUUAUGAUGAGGGAAUCUGUGAAUCAUUAUCAUAACUUGUAUGACAGAUAUUCAGCAUUCGCCCUCAGAAGAAAUACCCCUAAGCGUAAAGUUUGUACAGACAAGUCUUGUGUAAUAUUACUAAUAUGUCUCCUACAUUUGCAUAUACCAGCUAUAACAGUAUGAAUACACACUCUAGAGUACUUGAUCAAAGUAAGUGAACAGACGACCCUCUGCUUUGUCUGCAUCUUAGUAGAAAACGUCUCAAUGAAUUUACAUUUCUCUGUGGAAGAACUGUAUUCAUAAUCAAUUCAUAAUCUAAAGGUAGCAGCAGUGAAGUUUUCUGCACUGUUUUCUAUUGUACAAACUGCAAAUUGUCUGUUUCCAUCAUCUCAACCCUGCAAGUUCUUUGUAACUGCACUGAUUUAUUUAAAACAGUGAAUAAGAUUGAAUAAGAUCAUCACAACUUCAAGUUUUGCUUAUACUACCAGCUGAUUGAUCCAUAAAUGAUUAGAAAGGAGAAUCUGAAGUUCAUAAGCAAAUGCAGUUUCAAUCAAUCAAUCAAAGUUUAUUUAUAUAGCACUGUUCAUACAAAUGAAAUUGCAGCUCCAAGUGCUUUACAUCAGGACAAGACAAAUAAAAGUUAUUAAAAUAGAAUAAAAUAUGAAAUAUAAACUUGAACAUAUUCAUAAAAUAAGGUAAAAAGUGAUACUAAAAAAUAAAUAAAUUAUAAUAGUAAUAAAAUAAUGAAUAGCCAGGCUAAAUAGAUGAGUUUUGCAGCUUGUCUCAGACCCUCUGGAAGUUUGUUCCACAGUUUUGGAGAGUAGCAGCUAAAAGAAGCUGUUUGCAUGCUAGCACUGUGCCGUCAUGAAUACAGGUGACAAUUUUUUCUACAGAGGUAAUGCUCUACCUCCUUUAUGGCCCUUUUAGGAGUGGCUGUAACGUUGUGUACUUGGCUUAUACAUCUCUUAUCUCAUCUGUCUUGUUUACAGGAACCUGUAAACAACCUGUGACAGAACCUGGGGCCUGUGACAGAAGUGUCUGACUAGAGUUACGAUGGUGAAGCCUAGGGGCUAAAGAGCGUGUCAAAACUGAGCUCAAUGUUAGCCUUUUCAGGUUAACUUUCAAUCAGGCUUUUCUUCAUUCCGACACUCUCACUUUCUUUACUGUUUUGUAUGUGUGUAUUUGUUGGUGUCAGUGCAAGAUGCCAUUGAGUUUUUUAUCCAAGUGAGAAACUCAGUCGUUGCAGACUUUUGACAGAGAGCAGGGUUUUUUUCUUCAACUUGAGUUUCUCUUCAAGAAAAGCAGGCAGCUGUGAUGGAAAACAAUGAGUCACAGCUGCCCAGCGGUAACAACUAGUGUCUCCCUGAGGGUCAAAGCCUUAGCAACACAACAUUUUCAAGACAGGACACACAGCUGGAAGCAUAGCAGACUGAAACAUGUUGAAAUAAGUGUGGUCUGUCACAACACAAGUUGAUAUAGAACUACCUUACCUGCACAUUACUUAACAAACAUAUAAUCUGUCUUUAUUUUCAGAUUGAGUGCGGUUGGUUUCCUCACUCUAGCCACUGACUCCAAUGGCUCCAAGAACAGUGUGACUGAAGAUCCGUUGUGAAGGAAUAGUCAAGGUUUGAGUUCACAUUUUCUCACAGAUGCCAAAAAUAAUCAGCCACCUUCUUUUCUUUUAAGUUGCCUUUUGAUUUUUCCUGUGUUCCAGAUGCAAAAAGGGACAGUUUUGUAAUGUUUUGUUGGUUUUAUUUUCUGACAGUGAUCAGCCCUGGCUGAUAGAGAUGAGUUGGGCUGAGGAGGACUGGACGGUGGGGCUGUCUGGGCGAGUUCUGCAGAAGGUGAAAGAGCUGCAGGUUCACCAGGAGCGACUGUCCAGAGAUAACAAGCAGAAACAGCUGCAGCUCGACAAUAUCAAUACUAGCCUCGAAAAACAGACUGCAAAGGUAUAAGCAGCCAUGUUGGUAUAAGACUAUCCCUUUUAUAAAGCUCCAACAUCUAUGUUUAGUCAGUCAUUUCUGAUGGAGGAGUUGUUUGAAUGUUGAAAUAUGCUCCUUUUCAUCUCUUCCUUCUGCCACACAGUAUGAGGAUGUGCGUGGGGAGCUCCAGUAUGUGCAGAGAGAGCUGCAGACUGUUCAAGAUGAGGCCAAGGCAGCGGUCACCACCAGGGAGCGUUUGACCCAGGAGCUCCAAACAAAGCAGGCUCAAAUAUGUUCAUUUGAAGGCCAGCUAGAUGCUGCUCGUACCCUCAACAACAAACUAACCCAGGAAAUUAAAAGGUAGAUUGCUUCUUUUGAGCAGCCUACUUUUCAAAAAUAUCCUAAGAGUUAUGUACCUUGCAUGUAUUUUUUUUUAAAUUAGAAAUAAUGGGACACCAAAAUGAUUUAUCACAAGACCAAUACCUGAUGGAUAGCAAAAGUUCUGAAAGAAAGAACUGUUUCUCUAAAGCUAUCAACACCAGCAAUCAAGAACUAACUUUCUACCACAAUUUACUCAUGCAAUAAUAAGUUUGAAAUCUAUCAUAGUUGCUAAAUGAUCAUCUUUAGUUGGACUGUUACAAACAAAUAUAACAGUCCAGGGCAAGGACCAGAUCAGAACAGCAUUUUAAUCAGGCAUCAGUGGUAUGAAUUGAUUCGUAAUUCAGCAUUUAAAAGUCCUAGGUUGUAAAACUGAGACAGCUGCGUUAGCGUAACUAAACAUUGUACUUCCCAUGGUUUUCCUGAUUACCCUGUCUACUGAAAAAUUUGGAGUGGCCUGAUACUGUUUUUAUUCUCACAGAUGUAGGAGGCGAAACAGUGCCAUAUGAGAAAAAAAGCUACUUACCUCCACUGUUGGACCAUAUUUGGCCUGCCUGACCUCUAUGUUUUUCUUGCCUGCGUUUCCUCUCCCCCCUCUUCUUCACAGGCUGGAGGUAGAGCUGGAGAAGCUGCAAAAUAGCAGCAGGUCGGCAGAUACCACUCUCUUCUCUACACCCUGCUGGAAUACAACCUCACCCUGGGAACAUAAUGGUACAGUCCUGUGUUUAUUCACUUGUAUCUUUCAUUAAGUACAUGGAAAAUUAAAUGGAAAAACCAAAGGCCCCAUAUGAGGAGGGAGAGUUUUAAUAAACUCCCUCAGCUCUUGGCCUUUCACAUCUUUCACAUCCGGGGGAGUGUUGUACUUUUCUCUCCUCUCUUUGCUAAACCACUUGGGUUCCUAACUGCUGUUUUUACUGAGCAGCUUUGAUUUUGUGCCUCUAGUCCAGUUCAGAUGUUGUGUUGCUGUCCUGCAGGUAGCAGAAAGGAUGAGAAGACGGGGCAUGGAGGUGAAGGACAGAGCCGUGCGCCUCACAUCCGAGUAAGUACAAGGAAGUUUUGUACUGAAUCAUAGUUGAAGACCAGUGUAGGUGUUAGCUCAAAGCUGAAGUUCUGUAGUUCUGGGUGUUGAUGUCUGUAAAACUGAACUUCCUUUUUGUUUAUUUUUGUUCUCAUUUGUAUUCCUUCACUGUUUAGCUAACUCACUUAUAAAUAGACAACAGGAAAAUAGUCACAGCUCCUUCUGUAGUUUUGCCUGAACAAAUCAUGAGGCUGCUAAUACUGAAUAUGUUUUCCACUUUAACAUUUGCUGACCUGCAAUCUUUUACUUAGCUUCCACACUCAUAUCAAAAUGACAACAAAGUCUUUGUAACAACCAUGAAAUAAUUUUGGUGCUAGUUUGAAAUUUAUUCACGCCCUCUUUUUUGUCUUAAUCUAAUCAUUCUGUCCUUCAGCAAAGACUCCAGUUCUCUGAAGUGGUCCCAUUAUCUCGACAACAACACAAGAGCACACCACAUCGGCACCUAGCUGACCAAUCGGAUACCUUCUCAACUCCCUUGGCUGCGUUUCCGUGGGAACGGGAUGACUCACAGCCAGCAGCCAGGAGAAAAGCCCCAGCCCCUUCCCAUCCCCAGACUCCCAGUGUCGAUGUCACCAGUCAGGGCCAGUUGGAGCAGAGGGCUUGUGGGAAGGAGACGGAUCAUGGGACAGAGACAGACAGUGAGUAUAGAUGCCAAAUGGAAGCCUUAGUAGUACUGUCGCCUUUUCGAACAUCAGUCAAGUUUGCUGUCUGGAGAAUUGAAUGAAGACAGUCUUUGACCCUGCUCCAAGUCACCAAACCAAACCUAAAAAAAGAAAUAUUGUGUUACUGUUUCACCCAGUAGUCAUCCAUUGAACCAGCAAUUUUCCUGCACUGUGUGGCAUAAAGAGCGUGUUACACUCCUGAGUUUUGGUUGUUAGUCCCAGUGUUCAUACAGGGUUGGGAUAGGAUCAUGAAAAACAGCCUCUUACAAAAUUAGCUCACAAUAAUCACUAUUGACCAACCUUCUGUCAAGAGGGAGGGUGUCUCAAAGCUUGGGGGUCUCAGAAAUAAAAGCUAGUCAUAACUGGUCUUCAUUUCUGACUGAAAUACAUAAAGCAAACUCAAGGGUAAGAGUUAGCCCUAAAAAUAACUGGUCUUUAGUUUUUAACUUAGCUUGGAUAACGCAUUACAAAUUUUAUAUCAUUUGGUUCAAAUGACAAGUUUUUGGAUAAUUCCAGGAAGAUACUGGAUUAGGUGUAAUGACACUGAUGAUACUGGUUGGUGGGGGUAUAACAAAGUCCUCGUUCAUGUAGUAAAAUCUCAUGGGAUUUUAGCCCCCAAAAAACCCCAAACAAAACAAACACCCACAUAGCUUUACAUCCAAAGUAAAAUGUUAUUGUAUAAAUAUUCUGAUAAACCUGAGGAUUUGUGACACGAGCUAAAUAAGAAGAAUACCAACUGAUAAAAUGUCCUUAAUGGUUAUUUUAUUAAACCUCUGAUGAUGGGUCAACCUCAGCAGUUUAUGUGACGGAGAGGCAACGCAACCAUCCUGUAUCUGGUGUCCUCUCUAUAACCCCAACAACACUUGUUACAUAAGACUUUGUGCAGAAAUCACUGGCUCAGUCAGAGACUCCUCAGCUUGCUCUCUCGCCAGCUCCAAAUAUUUAGUGCCUCUUAGUAUUGUGAUAUAACACUCCACUCUGCCUCCACUCUGUGUUUGUCCAGAGGAGGGGUGGGACAGUGCAGUGUAAGAUAAAUGCAUCUCUUAGCUGCAGGGGCACACAUGUGAAAGAGUGGUAUUUCAGUGUUUACAUUAGGUGUGUUUUUCCCAGCUGAGCUUUUAUUAUCGUUGCAACCUCUCUUUAUCUCUCUGUAAGCAUACCUUACUGUUUAUGUUUGGCAACCCUACUAAAGUUGUGACAUUUAAGAAACAUGAUACAGGACAACACAUUGGGCAGACAAGAAAUUGAUUUCAUUCCUGAUUUAGAAAAACAGCUGCCUGACAUCCUGAGGCAGCAGCUGUGAUCAUCAAUAAAGCAAUCCAUAUUAGUUGACCUCAACUUUGGGUGGCUGCUGUGUUGUUUAUAGUCAGUGGUCAGUUGUAAAGAUAAAUAGAAUAAGUUAUAAUGUUCAUGACUAUUCUGGGUCAAAAAAAAUCUGUAUGUUCCAGUAUCUCUCCAACACUCAGACAUUUCCUCCCAUUUUAAUCGAACCCCUUUCUACAAAGGGAUCCAAAUAUUUUCAUUACCCUUUGAAGUGGCCUUUGAAGACCAGAAACUCAUGUAUCGUGAUCAUAGACUGUAUAUAGAAUGGACAGCGUCUGCCUCCUCGCUGGGUGAAGAACAGCACCCUCUGGUGACGGGCUGCAGUAUAGGUCAUAAAUCCCACCUCCGCCAGCAAAGCUUAUGGGGCUGUGGACAAACUUUUGAUACAGCCUAUAGGCAUUCAAGGAUUGCGUAGCUCACCUGGGGGAUACGCUGUUUGAGCCGAGUGUCAUCACAGUGACUCUCGGCGACUCUCCUGCCGAAUGCGCACAACGCUACUGCGCAGCGCUGGUUUCAGGAAAUGAAGAAAAAUCACAGAAAUACCGAGAGCUUUUUGGCUUCAAAUCCAUAUGGAGGCGGGAGGCGGAACCAAGUUGUCCAUAAUAUAUACAGUCUAUGAUCGCGAUAAGUUUGGUCAUCCAGUUGUUUCUACCUUUGUACACAAGAACCACCCUCUAGCUGUUGGUCUUCUUAAAUACAAAAAAACUUGCUAGUUUGUCUUUUCUGUACUAGCUACUCAUGAUCCUUUGUUGAUAUAAAAGCUUAAUUCUGGGUUAACAAAAGACAAACAUAAAACAGUAAAAUCAGGUAAUCCCUUACUCAUUAUUCAUUCAAAUGUACUUUGGUAUAAGAUAUUUUAUUCCCGCUCAGUAGUACUAGAACAAAAUACUAAAACAAAGCACUUUUACUCAUCAAAAAUUCAACCGUUAAGAUAAACAAAGUGACUUAUGUUGAAGUUGAGAAACUUAGGGGAAGUAAUGAAAUCUAUUAUUAAAUACUUUAUUCUCAUGCAGUUAGAAGACUGGUUGUCUGAUUUUCUCUUGUCCUUUUAAUACUCCCUCAUAAAAGGUUUCAAACUUUUCAGUGUCUUUGUUUUCUAUUAUUAGAUUAUUUUAAUGGUGUUUUAAAUAAUUUGAUUUUUUGUGGCGCAUGUGUGGAAAUGAGGUUUUCUGUCAUCUGAUCUUUGACUCAAACAGGCCUAUUAAUCAGUAUGUCUCUUUGUGUCUGGUCCAUCAUUCAGAACUUUUGUCAGAAAUGCGGAGCCGUGUGUCUGCGCUGGAGGAGGAGCUGUCUGUCAAAGCCGCCACUUUGAAGUCAGUUCAGAAUGAAAUGAUGCAGAGCAAGACAGAGCUCACUGCCAAGGAGCUCAGCAUUCAGAGAGCCCGGGACGAGCUCAGCCUGGCUCACACACGCAUGGCCCAAGAAAGCGAAAGGGUAAAUAACAUACUGCUACCAUCAAAUUAAAACACAAAAACUUAGUAGAACAAACUAAAUCACAAACUAUUUUUAAAGCACCAUUUCAAUCAUUUUACAUCAACUUCUUUUCGCACAGACAAUUUACAUGGAUAGAAAUAACUGAAAGCUUCACAGCCAAGUACUGGAGCAUUUUUAAGCCCUCUGUCUGUACUUCCAGGAAAAUAUAAAAAUGUAAAUACUUCUAAAAGAGCCAGCUUAGAAGCAGAUCUGCUUGAAUGCUGUGAGCUCUGUCCAUCAGUGCAGAUGGCAGAUUUUUUUGGUGAACUGUAACCGUUUUACAAACAGUAUGCAAUUCCAAAAGGCUACCAAUUCUUACAUUAUUUGUCUUGUUCCUUUAUUAUUUCUUCAGUUAAAAUUUUGUGUGUUUUUGUUGUGACAGGCAUCAGGUGCUGAGCAGAGGCUGAAGCAGCUACAAGAGGAGCUGAAGUGUCAGAGGCAAAAUGCAGAAAGCAGCCGGAUACAACACCAACAACGUACCAAGGAGCUGGAGAAACAACAACAGAGGGUAAGAGAAAAGGUGGAUGGAUUGAUGGAUACGGGGGAAAAAAGAAAAGAAAAAUAAACCUUAGUAAAAAGAAGAAAAAAUAGUAUUUCUCAGAUUUGAUUUUUGUUUCAUGUCAUUAUUAGGAGUACAGAUGAUAGCUUUUGGCCGACUAAUACUCAUCUUUAAUGUUAAAAAAUAUUGGCAUAAAAAGUUAUGAAGGACUAACAACGUUGCUGAUGUUGCUCUCCAUCUUGAAAUGCUCUGAUGUAUAUCCGAGGUGUCAUAUUGUGGCGCCUCCGAUGCCACCAUUACUCUCAUAUGUUGCCAUUAAAAACAAGCUUCAUUCACAUGCAACUCAGCUGUGGUGUUGGAAGAAAAAUGUGCCAUUGGGGCGACUGUGUAAAGCUAAAUGCUGAUAACAAAAGUCAACACAGCAGACAAACAGAGAAAGAAAGAGGGCAGUAAAGCCACUGUGUGUUCAGAGGGAGAGACAGCAGCACUACAGAAUAAUGGGGAGGGAGGGGGGGGGUGAGUACAGCUAAGUGAACUUCAGUGAAAUAAGCUGGAGGAUAAACAAUAGAAAUGGCACAAUAAGAUUGAGCGUUUCUUCAUUACCUUUAGAGUAUAUUUCUAUUUCGGUGGUUUUCAAAUGAUUUAAUUCUAGAUGUUGGAACUCAUAAACCUUAUUGUUACUUGAAAAAUAUUUGCUUUUUUAAGAUUUGAUCAUGUUUAAAAACUGUAGAGACAGGGAUGUGUACUGCAGUGUGGCCUCACCUCUUCUUCUACAGUCUAUGUUACCAACAGUGUAAAUGUUUGGGAACCAAGGGGAACCACUUCUUGAGUUUUGAAAAUGCUCAAGAAUUCAGGCUCUCCUUUGGAAUUUGGGUUUUACAAGUAAAAGUCAACAUUUGGAGUUGACGUGAACAACUAGUUAAUGAGGAUCCGUUUUUAGUUCUAAACAAAAUCUAAAUUGGUGUCUUUUGUGUGUGUUUCUCAGGAUUUGAUGGAGCUGCAGAAGGAGAGACAGUGUUUAGAGAGGCAGCAUCAGCAGGAGGUGAACAAGCUCAGCCAGGAGCUUCAACAGGCCAGGACACUUCACAAUAACCUGCAGGCUCAGGCUGACAAGGUAAAUACGUACAUACAAGUCAGCUAAUCAUAUGUCACUUAAGCACUCAAACAAACAAGCCUCCGUACACAUAUUUCUAUAAUUAAAUUUGCAUAGAUAAAAGCCUUUGUAUUAGACGAGUUAUUUUCUGUGUUUUUUGUUCAUUUACCAGCUCUGCUUUUUCAGCUGUUUCCUGUUUCUCUAUUCAGCUUUCCCUGUCUCUCUUUCCCCUGGAACUGGUAUCAUUUGAACCAAAGGUUGAAAAAAAUGAUCUCACUGCUUUCCUCACGCUUGUCUCUUUGCCUUUGUUGUUGACUCUCACUCUCCGUAUCACUCUCUUGCUCUCUGUGUUUAUGUUUCCCCCCCUCACACCUGCUUUCCUCUCCACUUCCUCCUCUCCUCUCGGUUUCUCCCCAGUGGAAAGGUUGAGCAGUGAAGGUAAUGACUGUGUGACUGCAUCUGACGUUGCAGAAUGCUUUGGUUAUGGGAGUGUAAAACAAACUCAUAACUUGUGAGUGUGAGAAAUAGUUUUACCCAGAGAGGCGUGAAGGCAUGAGUACGGGAUGAGGGUCGACUGAAUGAAGGUGUUGCAUGACGUUUAAGGUGGAGAAUGUUUGUGUUUGUGACAUUGUGCCGUCAUAUAUUCCUUUUUGAUUUCCUCUACAUGAGGAAGGUAUGUCGUUAAACUUAAUUCCUGUCCUGUGAGACAUGGUUUAGAAAUCUUAACUAUGAUCAUUCAUUCCUACUACAUUAUGCCUUAAAGCACAGAGAUGUUUCCUCAUGUCAUCUAAAAAGGCUGGUGAGAGUUAACAAUCAGAAGAGCAGUUUGUCUUCACUUUAACAAGAAUUGGAGGCAUUUCCAGUGGUAAUGAACUGCUGCUACUUUUAAGAAGACAUUAAAGUAGCUUUAGGAUUCUCUACUUAAUGAACAGACUUUAAUUUGAGUACUAUUGGGAAGCUGUGAUCCCAAAUCCAAGAGAUAAUGCUCUAUAGCACUACCUGUUUUCCCCCGUUUUCUAAUCUUGUUAAUGUCAUCUACAACACCUUUAUUAUCUUUGUUUAUUCCGUCUGUGUCAGUUUUCACCCCCUAACUUCAACUGUUUAGUACCAUUUCUUUUCCAUGCUCUAAGAUCUGAUUUCCCGUCUUGAGCAGCUGCCGAGUCAUGAUUUCUUGUAUCAGCUGUCUCUACAGAAGCAGGCGCUGGACAAAGAGUUGGACGCUGUGAAAGAGAAAUUGAAGUGGACAGAGGGACAGCUGCAGGAGAGCCAGAAGAAAGAGGCACAGACACAAGCCAAACUAAUGGUACCCAUUCACACACAUGCACACAAAGACGAGCACAUGGCAGUGAUGGUCUAUUGUUAGGCGAGUCAGGGUCUGCAUUUGUGAAUUAUUUAUUAGUUGAGCGGUAAGUAUAAAAUGAACUCUUUAAAUUUUUAACAGCAUCUCGAUGUGCCAUCUGCCAGUCCAAAAUAUUAGAUAGUAAAAUAUGAUAGACAGUAACUUCAUUGUGGUCUCUUCCAUUUCACAAAGCUACUCAGAUGAUUAAAUGCUUUCCUUACCUCUUCUUCUGGCAAAAUUUACCUUUGGAUUUCAUCAAAAAUGCCCAAACAUGGGAUAGCAGAUUAUGUAUACAGUUAUGAAUUUUAUCUGCUGAACCUGAACACAAGCAAAGCUGUUUUCUUCAUACAUCAGAAAAAGCUAUAACUUAGAGUAAUCAUUUCAAAACCUGACCAAAGCCAAGCAGAGUCACAUUUUACUGAAUGUUUCAAACCUUGUAAUAGUUUAUUUGUUGCAGUUUAUUCUAUGUUAACCUGAUUGCGAAGCAUGCACAACUGCAGCCUGUGUUUGUAACCUAUUUGUAUGUGGCUGUCCUCACUGUGACACUGUUUAUAUGCAGCUCCAGUAGUUUAUUCACAGUUGAUCAUUACCUGGAAUUUAUCCAGCAUUAAUACAAACAUUUCAGGUGCCACUUUCAAACCAGUCUAAUCAGCAGACCAAUACACUCUUGUUGUAUAAUGAUGCCAUAAGUAACUUUGUUUUUGACAUAUUUUUGGGGGGACUAAAUAUGUCUUAGUAUGGGUGAUCACUGAUCACCUGUUGGAUAUAUUUUAGAGCACCUGGUGAAGAAAAAUUAAACAUCAAUGGAUGUCUGAAAGUCUGUCUGAAAUGGAAGUCUCUACUGGGAACUGAUCAUGCGAGCAUAUCUGACCACUAGAUUCUAUCCACCUCAUUUGUAUUUUUUAUCUUUGCAUUAGGAAGCAGUUCGUGAUUCAGAGGGUGUGGCACUGAAUCUGGAGCAGAGCAGAAAGAGAGAGCGAGCUUUGGAGGAAGAGGGGAAAAGACUUGCAGAGGAGCGAGCCGACGCCUUUCGUCUUCUCAAAGAGCUGCAGGGUGAGGAGAGAGCUGUGGGUGGACAAAUCCGUGGGAUUUGUUAGUCAUGGGAUAUGAAGCAGGGAUAUUGAAGCUUAUGCGUUAUGUUUUCAAACAAAACCUGGUCAGAGAUUUUCUCUUGCCUUCCUCUUCAGGAAGGUCCGAGGUCGAUAGUUGGGAGGGAUUCAGUGUCUUGCUGACAAACAAUACAGCAGAGCAAACACUUGUCAAAAUGCGGGCUUAGGCCACUGUCCUUGGAUGGACCUCUUGUCAUUAUGCUGCUCUUUUGAUGGAUUUAUGAAUAAAACAUAGAUGGUUAUGAAUUAUUAAAAUUAAUGAGUCCUAACGUCCAUCCUUCAAUGCAUGUUUACAUCCCUUGUUUAAAAAAAGACACUUGCCUCAGUGCUGCCUCCUGCUGGGCAAUAAAUACCAUACCAAAUACUCCAACCUUUUUUAGUAAAGCAUCUUUUCAUUAAAAGAGUACAUUAUAUCUCUGUGUAUGUGUAAGCGGAUGUUGAAAACAUACUUUAUAUUGUAAUAAAUGUCCUUUCUUUGACUCCAGAGGAAAAAGCUGCCUCAGCAUCGCUUCAACAACCUGUCCAGUUUCACCCUUUUGGACCGAGUUUGUCCUCCCAACCUUCUCACACUCCUCCCUCUCGACCAUCAGCUCAAAUCAAGAGGCAAAACACUGCAAACCGAGAUGAGAGGAAGAGGGUAAAGGAGGAGACAGAGGAAGAGGACAUGGAUAACAGACGGGAAGAGUUUACUGCAUCUUACCCCCCUGACAGGGAGCCAGGAGAAGGCAUUGACUCAGAGCACAUCUCCCGAGACUCUGAAUGUUUACAAAGAGCAGAAGACAGAAAUAACAGAAAAGAGGAGGAGAGAAAAAGUGGAAACGAGGGCAACAUGAACGACCGUGAACUCUCUACAUUAUCUCACUCUGAUGCUGGUUUGUGCACCAACAAUUCUAUGACUGGUGGUGACUGCAGCUUGAAGGUUUCUGUCGAGAAGACAACGUCUACCAUCUCUGAGCAGGCCAAGGCCUCUGAGGACCUCCAGAGGGAGAAUGCAGCACUGCGCUCAGAGCUAAAUGAUGUGCGUGAAGAACUACAGAAACGCCUGGAGGACCUCGAAGCUCAACGACGCGCAGAAACAGAAGCUAGGACCCGGCUCAAACAGUUGAGUCGCAAAAAGGCCAGUCAAGCUGCGGAGAAAGAGGAGCAGGACAAAGGAUGGAGGGUUAAGCUAGAGAGCGAGAAGGCUGAAACUGAGAAGCUGAGGAAGGCCUUGGCCGCUUUAGAGAUUGAGAUGAAUAGAAAAAAUAUGGAGAAAGAAAAGAAAGAGAGAGAAGAGCAGGAGGAGGAGGAGGAGAACAACAAAACUCUACAAGACAGAGAGAGUGAAAUGAUAGAGCUGAACUUCCAGCUCAAGAAACAGCUGACAGAAGUUAAAGCUCAACUGGCUUUAGAGAGAGAAGAGAGGAAGAGGGAGGAGGAGGAGAGGAACCAGAUGAACACUGACAAAGAUGUAAAUAAGGAGCUUUGCAAGAAACUAGAAGAGCUUGAAGCUGAGUUGGAAGAAGUGAAGCACUGCAGAAAUAGAGAGUUAUUGGAAAAGGAGAAAGUUCCAGUUGCCAACAGCCCGCUGACGUAUUUAACUCUACAUAAUGACGAGCUCAACUCCAACAUGGUUAGCUGCGACACGCUUCUUCCUUCACCGGUGCAGCAUCUCCUUUUCUGUGAGUCCACAAACCAACGCAACAUGCUCGUCUGUCAAGCUACAGCAGAUCUCAUCCAGGAGGAGGGGUCAGUGAUCGACGCCGAAGGAUCAUAUCUGUCAGAUGAGAAGCAAACUGUUUGCGUUAGUCAUGAAGACACCAGAAAAACCCUCCAGAAGGACGACUUCUCUCACACAGAUUUGGCAAAAGAGGUGGAACGGCUGCAGACGGAGAACGCAAAAGAGAUUGAGCGCUCAAACCAAUACCAGGUUAAACUGGAGGCGCUGCAGAGACAGGUAAAUGGUGACAGUUGGUGCUAGAAAGUGUAUUGAGGUAGAUGUGAUCAGCAAAGACCUGACUACGGUAUUUAAAGGGAUAUCCUGGUGUAAAAUUAAUUUAGGGUCAAACACUGAGUUAGACACCCCCUCAAGAGAUGAAUGUUGCUGACUGCUUGCUUCUAUAGUUAUACCAACUUUAGUAACGACCACAGAUAGCAAUACACAGCGGUCUGAGGAGCCAUAAACAAACCUCAACCAAAACGCCACUCUAUAGCCACAAAUAAUGUUCAGAACAGCACCUAGAACAGACCUCGGGCCAGUCCAUUACGGAUUACAGCGGGGUGACGCAGCUCACGGAAGAACAUUUAUGAUCAUUUCUUCAUGAAAAUGCAAUCAGAGUGAGGCAGAAGAACUACUGCGUCUGCAGUGCAAAAGGAUAAAUAUGGUGAUUAUUACUUCAAGGAAAUGAUAAAGAAAUAAUCAUAAAUGUUCUUCCUUGAGCUGCGUCACCCUGCUGAAGUCUGUAAUGGACUGGCCCGAGGUCUCGCUACAAACAAGCGGCUGCUGGAAGAGAGUAGGUGAGUUGUGUUCAGUCUCUUUGCUAAAGAAAUUAGGCAAAGUAAAAAAGAUGUUUGGUAGCUCGUGCUAUGGCUAGGACCCUAUAUGUACUGUUGAUGAAGUUAGGUGCUGUUCUGAGCAUUAUUUGUGGCUAUAGAGUGGCGUUUUGGUUGAGGUUUGUUUAUGGCUCCUCAGACCAUUGUGUAUUGCUAUCAAGCGGUCGUUACUAAAGUUGGUAAAACUAGAGAAGCAAGCAGUCAGCAACAUUCAUCUCUGGUGGCGGGGUGUCUUACUCGGUGUUACGGUGUGUUUGACCUUAACUUAAAUUUACGCCGGGAAUAUCCCUUUAAUAAAUACUUGAUAAUAAGGGAUUAUUAUGAUUUUUGUCUCUUGAAGUUAGCCCCUCAGUUAGAUAUGAGUAAAGCUCAAGGUCCUCUGAAUGUCUACAGACAGCAAUACUGAAAAAUAUAGAAAAGUACACACAGAAAUCACAUCUGUAAUGCCAUUGCCACUCUUCAUACAAGUGAGUUAGUUCUCAGGAAAAGGCUGCAAGAAACAGAAGCUAGAAGAUACUGACGGCUUAUCAAUAAUUACUGAAUUAAUUUGCAUAUGACUGUUUAAUAGAUUGAGGUUUAAAUAAAUACUGACUAAAGCAAGAGGUGGCUCAUGUGGGGAAAAUACAUUCGCUGCUUUGUUCGUCUCAGCUGUUCUCUAUUCUUCUUUCUUUGAAUCUUUUUCCUUGUUCCUCCUCUCAGGUGACACGUCAGACCCAACAGCUAACCAUGGCUUUUGAGAAACAAAGCCAGCACAUCUCUGGACUUUUAACAGAGUUGCAAGAGAAAGAGAGUGCCCUCCACAGUCAGACCGAGGAACUGCAGCACUAUAAGCAAGAGGUAGACGCGCUCAAGGCAGUCAAAAGGGAAGGAGAGCUGCAAAGAGGAGAGGAGUCGAUGGUAAAAGAGGAUGAGGAUCAAAAGCAAGAGACUGAGGAACAUCUUCAUUUUGACUCAGCAAAACCAGAGAAAAGCCUCGGAGAGAGGAACCUUGACUCUACCUGUGUGAUCACAGAGACUAAGUGCAGCAAAGAUGGAGAAACAACUGACGUGGUCACGGAACUUCUAGCUCCGCAGCGGGAGAAUCAGCUGCUGAAACAAACAGUCGAUGGCUUCACUGUCUUGGCAACCAGCGCUCCUACAUUACACAUAGACGACAUAAACCAACGAGACACAGCAGGGAAAAGCUCAGACACAGGAGAUGCUGCUGUGUCCGGUUCAGUUGAGCAGAAGACACCCAGGUUGCCAGUGGACAUCAACACUUCUGAUCAAGGAGAGAGGACUUCGAAGGCUGAAAGGGAUCAGGAGGCAGAAUCUGAGCUCCAGAUUGUCCAUCUUCAGCAACAGGUAAAAAUGACCUCCUCUUUUUAUCACAACAUCUGUUUGAUAUUCCCUUCUGAGGAGUGAUCAAGAUUGACUGAUAUUUUUUUGUCUCAGUGACCUACACAUUCAAAGUUUCUGUUUCUGCCCAGGUGAUGGAGCUGAACAUGAAGCUGCGUUCUCUCUCUGAGGCGAGCAAGCAGCAGGCAGAGGAGCUUGCCAUGUGGAGACUAGCCUCACAACCAGCCCCAACCUUUGAUCCCUCCAACGCAGAAAACCAGUCUGAGACCCAGGACCAGAUCUCUGCUUUCAGAGAGUCCCAGUCUGACCAGCAGCAGAGUGAUGAGUCGACCCAGAACCAUGCAAAGGUUCAGGAGAGCCCUGGUCAUGUGACAGUGAUCAGAGGAGAUGAGUUACUUCUCUCCUGCUCCUCCAACAAACUGCAGGGUCGAACCUUGUUCUCCAGGUAGUGCUUUCAUUUUCAGAUGACUUUUACACGACUUCUUUUAAGCAUGAGAGAUUAAUAUGCUAGAGUUUAAUGCGUGUAUUCUGCUUUCUUCCUCUUUAUGUGCUGUAAAUGAUCCUUGUUUUCGCUUUCUCACAAGGCUGCAGCACAGCAAUCUACCUGAACCAAAGAGUCUGCAGCCCGCUAAAAAGACUGCAACACUUCAGGACUACAAUCAAGUUACUACCAGGCUUAACAAGGUAUUUGUUUCAACAGUACUCUUCUAAUUACCCACUUAAAUAUCAGACCUUUAAGUGCAGUUAAGACUCUUUCAUUUCAAGUCUGACAGAAAAAAAGGAGAAAUUCAAAUAGCUUUGAGCAUGACCCUUCAGAGGAAAUGAGUACUGAUUUUACUUUUCUAGUGAUUCUCAAUUAUUUGUUAAUGAUUUUUGAAGAGUUAACUUCAAAGUAUCUUGUGCUUCGGUUCAAACUAUUGAAAAAUAAAUGCAAUAAACCAGUUGAUCAAUGUUUUGUAAUAUAGUGGUGAAUCACAUCCACAUCCAUCUUUGUUUACAUGUAGAAUUAAGGCUAAAACAUAUGGGAUGUGUAUUUGGAGUGUGGCAGCAGCAUCGCGUAUCACGCAGCAAAUAGGUUGCCUUUCUAAUCGAUGCAGCAAAGCAUACAGGAUGCGUAUCAGCUCUGUCGCAGCAUCGUAUCGAGAGCGGUACUGCUAAAGAUACACAUCAGGUCUAUUUUUGCUGCUCUACGCUUCCAAUGUGCGUCAAUCCACACAGAGAAGAGCAUCCUAGACAGGAAGUCAAGCACAAAAACCGCGCAUGUCAUCCGGUAUUUCAAAAUAAAACACCAUAUCCGAACUCCUGACUGUGUAUCAGCUCGUGUAGAUGAGAAAUACUUCCUGUUUGUGGAUUUAUCAGUAACACAGAACAGUCUGAUGGUCAGUCCCUGAUCCAUGUGGACCCCAACAGGACUUUUCACUGCUAACUCUGUCUGAAGGUAACAGCACAGCGUUAAGGAACAUAGUUUACUUUAUUACACACAAAUGAACCUGCUAAAACUGAAACUGUAAAAUCACGUUGCUUUUUCACAUAUAGUAGAGGCUUAACGGUCACUGAAUUAUAUCCAAAUUAGCAGGAAAUAGACCACAGAGAGGAAAAACAGCGUGUUGUGAGUGUGUUGUUUACUCUAUACUGAGCCCAGCUGACCUCGGCUGUGCUACGCUGUUGCUACACUCCAAAUAUGCAUCCUGUGUGCUAUAUCCAGAGCUGCUCUACGGAGCAAAUACGGAACGCGCUCAAUACGAAUCCUGUAUGUUUUCGGCUUUAGAUUUUUUAUAUCUUGGUUCUGUUUGUUUUCAGGAAACUGAGAAAGAAAACCUGAACAUCAGCAUCUUACUCCAGUCAAAUCCCUGUCAAGUACAACACAAAGAGAGGAAAGACUCUGAAGUAAUCCAACAACAAGCCGCCAAAGACGUCCUUAAAGUCCCAGGUCCAAGUCUGACCAAAACAGCAGAGUCUUUUAUGAGGAAUCAAGAAACUCUCAUUGAAGUGAAUAAAUUAAAAACAAACAAUGAUGCCUCUGACAAGCUUGUCAGGACAGAAAUGAAGAGCGUCAGCAGUCAAACAGAGGAGAGUUUCUGUCCUCUCAGUGCUCUAGCAGCACCUGACCGCCACUGUGCGUUCACUCAGACUGAGGAGGAGGAGGAGGAGGAGGAAGAAUCAGUGGAGUCCCCUCCGGUCUCUCCUGUGUUAUCUGAAGAGGCAGAAGUAGCAGACAAAAGCUUGUUUUCAGGAUCCUUCCCCAUCCCAGCUGACCCGGCAAGACUCGCUGAAAGAAUCCGCCGUAACAGGACGCAGCUGUCCGCUGCCUUUGACGACACUGAGUACGAACCCUAUGGACUGCCGGAAGUGGUCAUGAAAGGUAAAUACAGGAGUUGUAGGUUUGUGGCGUGAGAACAAUUUCAAGUGAUAAUCUGAAGCAUCAGGCUGGAGCACAAACAAACUGUCAGUACAAAAUGUUUUCUCCUAAUGUGCUUCAGCAAACAGGUGUCUUUCCCCAAGAGUCAGGACGUUUCUUUAAACAAACAGCUACUUUAUUGUAGACAAACAAGGUGUAGGUCCCAGUUCAGUUUUUGUGGCAACAUCUGAAGGUGUGUUAGAGCCCAAACUUAAUGGAUGGCAUCGCAAAAAUAAGUUCUUUUUUUCCCUGUAUGUUGAAACAGAGUGAUACUUCUGUGUUUUUCAUUUCCCACUCUGAUUUUCAUCUGUUUUCUCCUCUCCCUGCAGGUUUUGCUGACAUCCCCAGUGGUCCUUCUUGUCCCUACAUUGUAAGGAGAGGUCUGUUGGGGACAAGCGUGGUACCUGCUCCUCAGAAAGGCCCAGAGCAGGAGGAGACGGAUUAGAACACAGUUAUAGGUGACUUUUAAAGAGUACAGAUCCACGAGGCUCAAAUAAAAAAAGGACAAUAGUCAGUGAUUAGUGAGAUGGACUAGAAACAUUUGAUUUUUAAAAGUCAUUGAAAUCAAAGCUUUGUCUGAGGAGAUUUUUUAAAUUUUAAUUUAGUUAUUGACUCUUUUUUAGAGAGAAUAUGUGGUCUAAUAUUUGCAUGUUUACUUUUUCUGGUUGUUCAUAGGUUAAUGGGAUCAUCAGUGACGGAUGCCUGCUGCUACACAAGUACUCUUCCAUCACAGCAAACUACCUGAAGCCCCUCAAUCUUAAGAGAGCAGCAAUCCCACAUGGACUCCUUUGUAUGCUGUGCAGGUCACUGCACUAGCAUUGACAGAACAAACACCUCCUCUGUGGAUCUGAAAUGUCUUAAUGGUCAGUCGUUUAUCCUCUAAUUACUGUGUGGAGGCUCCGCUGUCCAUCACAGCUCCCUCACUCUAUAUUUAGGCACAGAGGUGGAAGUUUAGAGAUGUUUGUUGAUGUUUCUUGAAGACAACUACUUUUUUUCCAAAAGGGACUGUGGAGUUUUCAGAAACUCUGGAUGAACUUAUAUCUUGCCUGUGAGUAAGAAAACAGUGCCUAGUUGAUGCUUUUCUAGACAAGAUGAUUUGUUUACCAAAAAGGUGAAGCCAAGAGAGGCCUGCAGUGAGAAUGUGAUCUGAUUUUUUUUUUUUUUUUUUUUCAUUUUUUAUUUGAAAAUUCUUGUGGUGACUUAUUUAUAUAGCAUCAGAUGUGCUUAGAGGACACAUGUCCACAGAAGUUACAUGAAAGUGUAGCAAGUGUGUGUGUGAGAGAGAUGUUAGCUGUGCAUAUGAACACGUGUCGCCAUGUCGAUGUUACCGUUUGUGUAUGUAUGUGUGUGUGUGUGUGUGUGUGUGUGGGAGAGAGAGAGAGAGAGAGAGAAAGGAGCAAGCACAUAUCUAUGACUCAGUCUAACCUGCUCUGGUUUCCGCUCCAUGUAUGGUGAUACACACUGGUUUCCCUCUCUCCUCCUGCUGCUUCGCCGCUCUGUCCUACACUAACAAACACUCCGUGGUGUAUUUACCAAAAAGUUCCCGCCUGAAGCUUUAUUUUAUUAGCACAUGAAUUCUGUAUUUUCCUUUCGUUUGAUCAGAGAUAAUUUAUUUGAUAUGAUUUUGGUGCUUGCACAUUCGUUACUGUAGAGAUGUGAGUAAAAUGUAGAUUUUUGUAGAUAAAUUGGAGCUGAUUUAAAGUUGAAGUUGCACCUUGUGGCGAAGUGUCUAUCUUGAACUCAAGGGUUGAUCACUUGAUGAAAGGAUAUGUUCACAUUUUCCAGUCUGUCUUAAAACAAAAUUUCUGUGUGCACAUGGAGGAGAAACUGGUCAUCCCCACUGCUCUUUUUAAGGCAGCAUUUUCAACUUAAGAGAAAGGGAAAAGAUCCAAGAACCCCAAUCAAUGUAACAACACUUAAAAAAGAUUUUUAGAUGUUUAUAGUUUUCAAAGAAUUCACCCAAUAAUUGAGUCAGAGACCAGGUGACAAAAGCUCCUGCAGGCUUUACAUGCGUUUGUAUUUCAAAGAUGAACAGUAUAUGUCUCACGACUGCUGGAGUAAUAAUUGAAUUGAUCAUUUUUCUUUCAGUGCACACAGAAGUGUUUUGAAACUCAAUUAAAACAUGUGAACCUUUUCCCUCACAACCUUACUGAGACAGAUUUGAGUUUCUAAUGAGAUUACUUUAGUUGAAGGUGCAGUGAUUAUUAUUUUUUUUCUUGACUACACGACUCAGUCAGAACAGUACAGACUUCUCCUGCCUUGACUUGAUGCCAUCAUUGCCAGUUAUUUGCCGUACUGCCAUCUUUACACACAUGUACGCACUAUGCCCUGCUUUGCAGCUGCCUUCUGACCUCUGGGAUCUGUAGUUCGUUGGCAGGGAGGAGUGGCUGUCAGAUUAUGAGCAGGCUGAGCUCAGUGUGUUUUUGCUGCUUUGUUUUGGACACAGUGACGUAAAUGUAUUUGUGUUUUUAAGUCUAGAUUAAACGGCUUUCAUUCAGUUAAACUAUUGUCUUUUCCGGUUUCUGAUUAAUUUAUCUUCAGGCGCCUUUAAAUCUUUGAAGUGUGACUGACAAAUGUGUUUUUGAUGUUAAGAUGUGAGAAGAGUUUGAUCCUGAAAUCUUUUAUUUUGCUGCUGUCAUCAUAGUAAGUCUGGGUGAGUCCAAUAAAGGAGGUCCUCAAAGCGUUUAAGUGGAGUAUCUCGGUUAAAUCACUCAAGUAUUUCCGUAAUUAGCAAUCUCCCUCUCCCUUUGCCUCUUGGUCAUGAACACAGUUGAUAAAGUAUAGACUCUUUAAGAAUCAGAUGGAGGGGUUGAAGUCUGUUUUAUUUCACAACUUUUUCAAACAUCUUCAAGUAGAGAAAAUUGCGUGGACCAUAACUCUGACUUUGAGAAAACAAGUGUCUCUUUUUACUUCACAAAAAGACAGAGAUUGGAGAGAGAAGGAUUCAGUGAAUACUUUCCCCCAUGUCUAGCAGGAAACUUCGAGCCCUCUGCUUUCCCCCUGCAGUCACAGCACUUUAUCAUACACACAAUAUUACAGUGCUCCUCCUCCCUCUCCUCCUACCAUCAUCUCUCUCCUGCCAGAGUGAUCCAGGGUCACGAGAAUGGGGAAACACCUUCCAAGGAGAAAACACACAUGCAUACAUACACUUUGACAACACACACAUACAUAGACACAGUUCCUCUCUGAGUGCUGAAUGGUGAGAGCAACACAUGCAGCGUAGCACAAACUUGGAUAACAACAUUUCUUCAAACUCAAGGUAAGACAUGCAGCAAUGCUUUUUUUCCUCAGAUUUACAGAAAUUAAGUUUUCUUGUUUUUUAUUGUGCAGGUUUCUUCUUUUUGGGUAUAUGUGGGUCCUCUGGCUUUUCCUCUGAAGUUUAGAUUUGCAAGUAAUCAAGUUCAGUAGUUGACUAUAAUACUGAUGUAAAAAGGAGUUAUCAGUCUGCUCUGAUAUUUCUGAUAAUACAGAAGAUAAUACAGAGGAUAAUCCUGACAGGGCAGAGAGUGCAAGAAAUUCAGAAGAAAAACUCUCAGAGCAACUCAGUGUACAAUGAUGUUUAUUCUGAGAUUUAUGGGCCCCAGCGGUUAGUUUGCCUGUCCGUUUCUUUAUUUGGUUUUGUUCUCUAAAGGCUAAAUGUCAGCUUGCAAGCUUUUUUUUUUAUGCGUGUAUCCUUAUACAGUCAGAUUCAUUUGUGUGCAAAUCUUUUCCCAGAACAUGAGUUUUAACCUGUGAUCUCCUUGUGACGUCAGUGUUGGCUAACUUAAUAUAUAAACAAACGUUGGGGAAUAGUCUCAUCUAAGGGAGCUUUAUUUUCUCAUAAUUAUAUAAAUUUUUACAGUAGAUACCAUGUACUUUUUUCUGGAUGGUCAUCUAUUUCUGGAGGUUGGUUGUGCAGAGAUGAGGGUUGGAAAGGAUUUCCUGUCUUUUCACAAAGUCAUGUUCAUCAAUACGUUUCUUUUUGUCAGCGAGUAAGAUAUAAAAAAUAGCGCUGUCAGUAAAGUUACUGUAACACAGUUUGGUAAUAGUAAAUGAGGGGCUGGUGUGUAUGAAUUAACAGCAUGUUAAUGCACCACUUUUGGUGUCAAUGUAUUUAUAACAAGUUGUCAGAUAUGUUUUUUUAUUCAACAAUAUUUUUAUUAGUUUUAUGCAGAUAUACACAGGAAACACAUUUCAAACACACCCUUUCCCUCAAAACCCCGUCUACAGCUGGAUAUUCCUAUUACUUUGUUUCAAUAACAAAUUCUGGAGCUAUAAUAAAAAAUAAGUAAGUACAUAAAUAAAGAAAAAAUAAAAGUGCUGGAAUUCUGGUUUUGUAGAUCUUGAAAUACAUAAGAUGUUGAGAAAUAAAAAGUAAAAAGAGAAUAAGUUAAAUGAACUUUUGUGCGUUAAGGGAAAUACAAAUGUAGACAAGUUGCCGAAAACUGAAAAAGUCCAUAAAAGAGAUAAGAAUUUGAAUUCUAUGGUUAUAAAACAUCACAAAAAUAUAUUUCAAAAAGAAAUACAGAGAGUGCUAACUCAAAGUGAUGAGAGCUUCUGAAUGUCGUCAGAUAUGUUUAAAGUACAAAUCCAGCUAAAUUGUACACUUAAGGAAUUACACAUAAAUCACACAGACCAUCUUCCACUUCGUUUUAGAGCUGUGCCAGUGCUGCUGAAAGGUCAAAACUCCUUAAAAUAAAACAUGUUUUGGAUUGUAUUUCCCUGGAAGCACAAAGUCUGUAAUAUAUAGACUGUGUCAUUGCAGCUAAGUGUUUUGGGAGAAUAAUUUUACAGUUCAAGAAUUGAGCUUUUCAUUCAAGUGGAAAAUUCCCAAAUGUCAAAUGAAGUAGACACGCCUGCCUCAGAGCACAAACCAAUUCUUUGAUCAAACAUUCCAAUUUUUACUCAUGGGGCACUUGCUCAAAGGUUUUUCUUUAUUUUUCAUUUCUUGCUUAUAUGUACAGAUCUUAAAUUAAGAUGUAGUGUAAGCACCGAAAAGAUCAACAUUAAACAGUCCAACAAAUCACACUCCCCAUAUGAACUGCUCAGCUCUUCAGAAUUUACCACCAUUAAGUAGAGGUUGGCAGAUCGACUUUUUAAGUUGUUGAGCAGAAAUAAAAAUAACUGUAAAUCAGCGAUCCAAGAUAGUUUUUUCUCCUUUUUUGGUUCUUCUUUAGGUCUCAUUUAAUGUAAAACUGAUAAAAGCUUCCGUGCAUUUUCUCCAGGCCUAAUACUUCAUUUUAAACGGCUCACCACAUGAUUUAUUUCCCCACCUACCUCGCUGUUUAGCUUCAGAUUAGAUCACCGUCCUCCUUCAAGCCCCCCCACUCACUCCAUAUCUUAGCAAAAUAUCAAAAUAUGCCAGCACAGGUUUAGAUUGUGAUAACUAAUAACGUCUGUCAGUGCUGAAGCCAGGGGCAGAGAGCAAAACAAACCAAAGCCAACAGUCCAUUAGCGUAGAAUGCUAACAGUCAGCCAGACUCUGGAAAACCUCAGAACAUUGUCAAGAUCCACGCGUACCAAGACUUGGGACGCUUGACCCAAAAUAAGACACUCCAAAGUCUCAGUCCUCUGUGUGUGUUCAUGUCUAUCUCACACAGUUCAAAGAAAACAGAAAAAGCCAACUGCAGAUAAGAAGUGAACAUGUUUUUGAUCAGUGUGGAGAUGUAUAGCAGUUUGUUAAAGCACAGACAGAGUGGCCUGGUGUGUGUCAGACCCUCCCUGGUUAUUAUGACAAACUCCCUCCAGUGUGAUCACUUAUUUAAAGCCACACAUCGCCUUCUUAAACAGAGCCAGAGACCGACCUAGUAAUGUGCCAACUAAAGCCACUUUGUUCCUUUAUCCCCUUAUCUACAUUUAAACUUAACACACGUGUCUGUGUCGCUCAAAGGACAGAGAAAGACCCACAGUCCACUCCUGAACACUGAUGACACAUCAGAGGGAAUUCAAAGAGAGAGGAGGACGAGGAUACAGAUGAGAGGAGAUUUCUCCAUCAUCUGAUGUGUUGAGCAUUGACAUGGGAUGAGCUCCUGAUAUCACUGACUUGAGGUACCAUCUUUAUUAUCCUCAUGAAAUGUUCUUUAUCUCUAAAGAAACCACAUUGAAUGUGCAAGUGAAUAGUUCCUUUCAGGAUAGGAUAUCACUCCAUUUGGCUGUGAUCACAUUGGUUGCACUUUUCAACACACUGCGCUUUAUUUCCAUUUAUCCAUCUAUAAAAAGGAGCAACUUUGGCUUUUGAUCUUUGUUAUUUAAGUCAAGGCACAAUCUGAGUUGAAAAGGCUCCAAUCUCAGAACAAACACAAAGAUGUUCAUAGUUGUGUUUUCUGGAGCUCACAGAGAAAAGCUUUUGGGACAACAUAGAUUCUGCCCUGACUGAUCUCUAUCAAACGUUGAUACUGCUUAAAAGUAGUGUAUUUAAAGAUACACAUCCUUUUAUACAACCAUUCAAGGAACUGUCCCAACUUUCCAUUCAUGGUUUCAUAUCACGACGUUGCUAACGAGCUCAAUAAUUUACUGUGAAAAUGACGAGGGGAGACACUCAUUUCAUUCAUUCUCUUGAGGAGGGAAAACACUCACUGUUCUCUUGUUUUUGUACAAAUCAUCUUGUUUUUCCCUCAAGUGUUAUAACUGUUGGAUGAUGUAACUGCCCCACGUCAUCUCAGUGACUUAGUGAUAUAUUUGUAAAGGAUAGAUUUCAAGCAUCAAAUGUUAACAUUUGCUUGAGUGUUAUUUCUUUAGCUUGAGGGACUGACCUUUGAGGCAAACUGAACUUCCCUUAUGAAGAUAGUGUCUUCCUUGACAAGCCCAACACUGUCUCCAUACUGCAUACAGUUAUACAUAAAGUAAGCAUCAAAUAUCUACCCGCUCUCCAAAGGCUUUAUGACCCACUGCCUGGACCUCCUUAGCAGACUUUCAGACUGGGGGUAGGAGAAAAAACCGAUACAGUAUAACAUUGCGAUAUUUUGUCUAGUGAUAUAUCGUAUCGUCUCAUUUACCAAUAAUUGAUUUUUCAAAUUAAUUGCUAAUAUGAAGUCAAAUCUAUCAUAAUGGAAAAAUAAAAUCAACUGUUUGUCCAAAAAGGUUGGCAGAGGUGACAUCAAAUAAUAUCGCAAUAAUAUCGUAUCGUGGCCCAAGUAUCGCGAUAAUAUUUUAUCGUGGCCCAAGUAUCGUGAUAAUAUCGUAUCGUGCCCCAAGUAUCGUGAUAAUAUCAUAUCGUGGCCCAAGUAUCAUGAUAAUAUUGUAUCAUGGCCCAAGUAUCAUGAUAAUAUCGUAUCAUGGCCCAAGUAUCGUGAUAAUAUCGUAUCGUGGCCCAAGUAUCAUGAUAAUAUUGUAUCAUGGCCCAAGUAUCAUGAUAAUAUCGUAUCGUGGCCGAAGUAUCGUGAUAAUAUUGUAUCGUGGCUCAAGUAUCGUGAUAAUGUUGUAUCAAGGGGCCACUAGUGAUUCCCACCCCUAUUUCAGACCUUAACCACUCAGAAUUUGUCCCAUCUCUGAUUCAUGAGUAUGCUUUUCAACUGUUUUACCAAUCAGAUGAAAACUCAGCUGUUAGUCAGCUACAAGCUCUUUGUUGAAGAAUAACUGUAAGGUUAGCUGGCAGGCAUUAAGAUAGAGGAAAAUGAUGCAGAUAGUGAUGCAGGAAAGACAGUGUGUUACAAAUAGAGGUAUUGUGUGAGUAUGUACUACAAGAGAAGGACAUAGAUCAAACAGAUUGCAUGCACAAUUCAAUACUUGUGCUUUUAUCAUCAAAGCAUAACUGAAGGAUCUUUAUGCACAAUCUAGACUUUUUGUCUCACAGCCUGAAGGUCCACAGCGUACCUACCACCAAUAACAGAUAGCUGUUGCUCUGCUCUGCUCUGUGUGGAAACUUUGAAGCCUGUUUAACUUUGUGACUAUGGUGUCAAAACAGUAGGUGUUUAAAACACAAAGCAGCACAGUAGAGUGUUUCAUGUAUAAAAGAUUUUACAUGUUUAAAGUUUUUUUUAAGACUUUGUUGAUGACGGCAAGAUACCAAACUCUUUGUAAAUGGAAGUUAGAGACGGAGUUAGAUAAUGAUUUUCAAUUUUGAUAGUCCUCCUUUGAGUGUUUUGUAAAACUAAAGAGUUGGUUAAAUCAUGAUAAAAAUCUGUAAAUUCUCCUCAAGCUCUUAAACCUAAAGAAAAAAUCAAAAUGUAGGGUUUUAAGCACUUAAAAAGAUACUUUUAAGUGUCUAUUUGAUGGAUACUAGAGCCCUACUUAUCGACUGUUACAACUAUUACUGUUAAUGCCAUCUUAUCAUGAGGAUUAUAAAUUUAAUCUCUUAUCGUCUAUGGUUGCAUGGGAUCUAAUAGCUUUAGUUUUGGUUGUAUGAGCAUACUGACUUAAGUCUUAUUUAUAGUGUAAAAGCUUUUAUUUUAGACACGUAAAGUCUUGUUGUAAUAAAAGGGUAAUAUCUGUAUUGCAUCGUCACUGCAGCUGUUCAGGAAGCAUUGUGUGUUCAAGAAAAUGUUUGCACUUUUUUUGUACUUCAUGUCUGCUCUUCUUACUUUUCCUGUCAGUUGCUAUCUCUUAAGUUAUGACGCACACAGAUGUAUAAAUAACGGCUUUCAUGUCUGUCAGCCUUCCAAGAACACUUUUGUCGCUGGUUUACACAUGUGUGUGCUCACACAUACAGCGCCUCUCCAAAGGAACUUCCUGUUUAUGGCCAGCUGUGCCCCUGUGUAUCCUGACUGCAAGCCUCCCUGAGUCCUGGCCUCUGAGCUCUGACCCCUAACCCUGGAGGGGAGGGGGGGUGGACAGGGAGAAGAUGCGGGGCACCACCCUCUUUGCCCUGCUAACUGGGGUCAUGCUGUACCUGGUGAUGGGUGCACUUGUUUUCCGCACCCUGGAGGCCCCAAGUGAAAAUGAAGCAUUCAAGAACCUGCUCAAUGAGACGCAAACCUUUCUGAAGAACAAAUCCUGCGUCACCGAGGUGGAAUUCCACAAACUUGUGAAGGUAUCAUUGGACUCAUUGUGCAAACUAUGACAUUAACAUUUUGACACAGUUUUAAAACAAAAAUGUUCUGUAUCCUUCCCCUCUUGUUUUCUUUCUGACCUCAUUUUGACACACCACAUCAUUAAGUCCAUUUGAAGAAAAAAAAACAAAGUAAUUUAAGGUAAAAAAAAAUGUAGGACAUAAAAUUGAGUCUAUACACCAUAGUUUGCGUUGUACAGUUUAAAGUCUCAAUGCUGUGAUUGGCCCUAAAGAUGGAUUGUUAUAUUGUUUAUCGGCAGUAGAAAGUCACCCAUCUGAAGAGAAUAAUUCAGCGUACUAAGUAAUAAACCAGAUAUAUCAGAUUUCUAUCAGAUCUCUAUAACACAUUAUAAAUAUAUGUGUUAUUAAAUAUGUGUUAUAACUGUUAACAACUCACUGACCAUGCCCACAUAGAUAAUGAAUUAUACAUAUAUUUAUGAUGUGUUAUAAUUUGCUUAUAAAUUUGUAUAACUAUCAUUAUAAACACUCAUUAAUUAUCAUAAGGCUUUAUAACAAUGGAAAUAACACAUUAUGAUACCUGACCUUGUAAGUCAUGAUAAAAUGCUUUAUAAUGUGUUAUGAUUCUUGCUAUAAAGCGUUAUGAUCAUUUAUAAGUGUUUAUAACUAUAGUUAUACAGUGCUAUAACGGGAUUAUAACACAUUAUACAUAUAUUUAUAAUAUGUUAUAUAGGCGUCAAGUAAAGUGUUACCUAAAGGGCCAUAGAUGUUUUCAAAAAGGAUGUAGGGUAAGAUCAACAGACAGGUAGCAGGUCCUUAACUAACUCCCUCACCUCCACAGUCACAAACUUUCAUCUUUCCAUCGACAACUCCACCCUCUCCCCCUCCUCCCACUGUCGCAACCUUGGCAUUCUCUUCGACAGCAACCUCUCCUUCACCCACCACAUAAAGCAAAUCACUAAAACAGCCUACUUCCACCUCAAAAACAUUGCCCGCCUCCGCCCCUCCCUCUCCUACCCUGCAGCUGAAACCCUUAUACAUGCAUUCAUUUCAUCUCGUCUAGAUUACUGUAACAGUCUCCUUUAUGGCACCACCUCCACUCUCCUCAAUAAACUUCAGCUUAUCCAGAACUCAGCCGCCCGCCUCCUCACCCACACACGCUCCCAUCAACACAUCACCCCCGUCCUCCAAAACCUUCACUGGCUCCCCAUCCCACAUCGCAUUCAAUACAAAAUCCUCCUCCUCACCCACAAAGCACUCCACAACCUCGCCCCCCCCCUACCUACAGGAUCUUCUCCACCCCUACAUCCCCUCCCGCACCCUCCGCUCCGCCAAUGCCAACCUCCUCACAGUUCCCCUGACCAAGCACCGAACCUAGGGGGACAGAGCCUUCUUAGUCGCCGCCCCCACCCUCUGGAACUCACUCCCACUCGAACUCAGAAACUUCACUGACCUCUCCAGAUUCAAGACCCUUCUCAAAACCCACCUCUUCAGCACUGCCUUCCA